AUGAUAAUAUUUGAAUUACCUAUUGAUGUUUAUUGUAGUGAUGUAUAUUUAGAGAAUUUAAAAGAAGAAUUAGGAUUAAAUGAUGAAUACAAGUGUAAUGAUUUUAAUUUUAAUUUUAAAGUAAAAAGUGAUUGUAAUAUUUACUUAACUGAAAAUUUUAAAUUACUUAAUGAAUCUUUAGAAGAAUUUGAUGAUGGAAUAAUAAUAUUGAAAUUUAAAAAAUUUUAUGAUUUAUUUAUUUUAAAACCUGAAAAGAUUAAUAAAAUUAAAGGUUAUAAAUUAAUAAGAUAUUAUUAA